GGACGAGACAGGUGGAAUUCAUUCUCAAUUUGAUCGAGCAUCGCGUAAGCUGGUGGUGUACAGUGUACAGUGUGAGUCUUAAUAAUACAUCGCUUAUCACCCCUCGUCAAAGGACUUAUAAGUAUAGUUCAGUGCGCUUGAACCGAAAUCCAACAGGAUUACAUUCGUCGUAUCGUGGCUGUUGUGGUUCCCGACAUCGAGCUCUUCUUCAGAAAUUUAUUCUGAAGACUCACUGGGAAAUGCGCUUACUUUGUAUCUUUAUUGUUGGCCUUCUAUGUCAAGGGCUGACCACAUUGGCGGAAGAAGUGGACGUGGUGGAGGCGAUACCAUCGGAUGAUCUUAAGGACCAUGGAAAAGAAAGCAAUGAAGCGAAUCCAGAUCAGCUCGCUCUGGAGUCGAUCGAUGACCAGGAUCAACCUCCACCGAAACACCUAGCCUUCAACGGGCCGCCCAGAGUACCCAUCAACUUGCCGCCACGCGGAGGUCCUGGUCAUUACCCUCAUAAAGGAUAUGGUAUACCAAAGAAUAAACAGCCUCAGUAUGAAAGCAAGAAUUCGUACAAUGGACCCCCACCUCCUCCACCCAAGCAGGCUAUGGAUAAGUACGGAAGUGCUGGUGGUGAGAUUUGGCCUGCGCCUGUACCGGAAAUGCCCAAAAUUGUAUCCCUCGACGUAAAAUGCGAAAAGAAUUUGAUGAAGGUUUACAUUGGUUUUGAUAAGCCUUUCUAUGGUAUUAUCUUCAGCAAGGGGCAUUACAGCAACGUACACUGCGUGCAUCUGCCAGCAGGGUUAGGUCGCACUUCUGCACACUUUGAAAUUGGAAUACAUGCUUGCGGCACAUCCGGGAAUACCGAGAAUGGAUUAUAUGGAUAUGGAGCGGAAUCAGGAUCUGGUACUUUCUUCGAAAACAUCAUUGUUAUUCAGUAUGACCCGCAGGUUCAGGAAGUAUGGGAUCAAGCUAGAAAACUUCGCUGCACCUGGCACGAUCAAUACGAAAAAUCCGUCACUUUUAGACCAUUCCCUGUGGAUAUGCUCGACGUCGUCAGAACUGAUUUCGCUGGUGAUAACGUCGGCUGCUGGAUGCAAAUACAAGUCGGCAAAGGACCGUGGGCUUCCGAAGUUUCCGGUUUAGUUAAAAUCGGGCAAACAAUGACUAUGGUUUUAGCCAUUAAAGACGACGACUCCAAAUUUGAUAUGUUAGUGAGAAACUGCAUGGCUCACGAUGGCAAACGUGCCCCAAUUCAACUGGUCGACCAGAAGGGCUGCGUUACUCGACCAAAACUAAUGUCCAGAUUUACAAAGAUAAAGAACUUCGGAGCUAGCGCUUCAGUGUUAUCUUACGCUCACUUCCAAGCGUUCAAAUUCCCCGAUUCCAUGGAAGUGCACUUCCAGUGUACGAUACAGAUUUGUAGAUAUCAAUGUCCUGAUCAAUGUUCAGACAAUAACAGCGGCCAUCUUGGUAUUCAUAGUAGUUUACUGGAACUUCAGGCUGGACCAGAACAUCACACUGCUUACGGUCCUCCACCACAAAUUCCUCUUGAAGCGUAUCUACAUGGAGGCAGACCCAGGGACGAAAGAAGAGUCAGGAGGGCGUUGGGAGUCGAUCCGGAGAAAGAAGUGGGAGUCAACAGGAUAAUCCGGGUUGUGUCCACCGGAGAUUUAACGUUUUCCCUGGACGAUAGCAGUAACACUACCUCAACCCCGCAAACAAUGAUCUUCCCUGGAAAAGAAGAACUUACCAGCAAUGGCCUUAUUUGCAUGACAACGCCUAGUUUUGCUGCAACUCUUGUAGUAUUGUUAGCUAUUUUAAUUAUUUCUUGUCUUAUGUCUGCCAUAUUAUGUGUUAGGUUAAGACCCUUUUCCGAAAAUAAGUUGGCUGAAGUCAUAGGCUAUUCGAAUACGCAAAAGAGUAAACAAUCAAGAAAAAGUUGUUUGUUUUCAUAAAUUAAAUUUCAUAACGAGGUUUUAAUUUGUAAGGCUACAUGCAUGGUCAUGAAACUAAAGGCUUUAUCGAUACCGGAUUCGAAUCCGUAAUGAUAGGGCCUUUAAUUUAUUAGAUUAUUAUUCAAUAUAAUGUGAUCAAGCAUUGUAUCCAUGUGUAUUUCCAUUUUUGGAAACCGUAUUAGCUAUAAGGUUACCUACCUGCACAAAAAUAAAUAUUCUGGGAUGACUGUAGAUUAGAUAGCUACAAUUUUUUUUAAUUUACUUCACAUUUACUUUCAAAUUUUUUACAUGUAAAUAAUUUAAUUAAUAUAGUCCCUACAGUUAAUUUCGGAAUUUUGGACGGUUGUGGAUGUUACAUUAUAUAAG